AUGCCUUCAUUACGCGAAAUCGUCGAAAUCGCCUUAUGGAUGGCAAUCGCGGCAACAUUAGGGAUUUUCCGCGGCCUCAUCUGGACGGGCGUUUGCACACUCUGGCAUCCUAUCUGGACGACUCUACCCGCUGUUCUUCAUGUUCUGUGGAUGGAUCCGCUCUUCCAAACCGGCAACACGUAUCUCGACAAUCUUCUCGCUCUCGGAGUGCACGGCGUGACUUUGGUCGCCUUGCUUGACAUCUUCAGCAGGUUCAUGGAGGAUGCGAAGUUGGCUGCAGAGGAAGAGAAGAGGCAUCCUCGGACAUCGCGCAAGUUGAAGCUUGAGUUUUUUGAGUUGUUGGGCGAAAAGGAGAGAGGAGAGGAGUGGGUCACUGAAUCCACAGUGAGGAAGUACUUGCCUGGAUUUUUGAAGCGCCUGGUUGAUCAAGGCCUGCAUCCGCAUUUCUACGCCAAGUUCCCUCGUACACUCUCACAAGUCUUUCCUCACGCACCGGACGAUUCGAGCCGGACUGCAAGUGUAUGGGGAUACUUCAAGUUGUUAGCUGAGAAUUCGAGGAGCUUGUGGUGGACACGGCAGUGGUUCAUGCGUUGGAUGGCGUGGAGCAUAUACGUGCGAAUCCAGUGCACCGAUCGCAAUAUCGAUCGCUGGAUAGCCUUCGAGUUCACGUGGCUUGGAUAUACGACAAGUCUCGCGGGUGCGCAGUGCUUGUUCUUCGCGUUGCUGCUGUCGCAUCCGAGACGAGCCAAAAAGUCCAUCGCGUACUUGAAGUCUAUCCCCGUGGUGCUCUCUACCCUUCCAGAAGGCAUAUUGGUUAUCAUCGUGCCUCUCGCGCUGGUCUGGGACGAGAAAAGCAGGAAGCGGUGGCCUCCCGGCACAUACGUCGUCUUCACAGCAGUGCAGACGCUUUUGACCGCCAUACCUCUGGUCGUAGUUGUGUCGAAGGCGGUCAUUGCAAAAAGGUCGGCGAGACUGAAGAUGAAGCAGUUCUGGUAUGCUCUAUCUGUCUUCUCCAUGAUCCUUCACGCCACGAGUACCUACUUCGCCUUUGCGGAGGUGAACGAGGACAGUUGGCUGGGGCGUUUCAAUGGAUGGCCGAGACAGCUUAAUUGGUUCGUACCAUGGCGAAACGAAUCGGAUGCGGGCGUCCAGGAGGACAAGUACGUGGGCGCCUCAGUCUUCGAGAUUCUAGGAGAGCAUCCGUGGAUCAAUGCUUUGGGAUGGGACGUGCUACUGUCGGCUGCCGUCCUAUGCUCUUGGUCGGCCUUCAGUUCAACAGAGGCCCGAGACAUGAUUCGAUGUAGUGUCUUCCCGGAAUUGGAAGGUGGAGAGGACCUGGAGGUGGAAGCCAGAUCCCAUAAGGCUCGAUCAACUCGAAGCACCAUUCGACAAUCCUCACGGACGAGCAAACACGCCAAGAUCCGUCAAGACGCGCAAGAGACUGGGCGGAGCGCUAGUAGAGGACGGUAUUCACGUGCAGAUCACGCAGCGGGUGCUUCAGGUCAAGGCCAAUGGCAAGACGGUUUCUCAAAGCUCAGGCCGUGGACGUCCCUCCUGUCAACGAAUGAAGCAAUAAGGAGACCUGAUGCUGGUCGAGCUGAAGAGGAUCAAAGCUUGUGGCCACAGCAGCAGGAACAAGCGGGCGAGGCGGAAGCUGCCGGUUUGGCGUGGUGUCUGUGGGUGCUGGGUGGAUUGGGUAUGGCGACUGCGGCGGUACUUGGUGCAAACCAGCAAGAGAUAUGA